UCUAUCCGCAGUGACAGUGAAUCGUUGGAUCGACGCCUUUGGGCCGUAGUGUGGGCCACUUAGAGGGGCCAUGGCCCUCAUUACUCUGCACCUGCCCGUCGUCUUUAUCACCCUUGUGCUGCUCGCCAAUCGAGGUUUAUGCGAGUUGAGUGAGCCACCGGAGCAGCUGGACAACAUCACGGAUAUUUUAAAGACCAUUCUGGACGGCUAUGAUAUCCGGUUGAGGCCAAAUUUUGGAGGUAACCCGCUGUUCAUUGGCAUGGACAUCAACAUUGCAAGCUUCGACAGUAUAUCUGAAGUAAACAUGGACUACACCAUAACCUUGUACCUGAAUCAGUACUGGCGGGACGAGCGACUCACCUUCAGCAAGGAAAAGUACGAGCUCACGCUGUCCGGCGACUUCGCAGAAAAGAUUUGGGUUCCUGACACCUUCUUCGCCAACGAUAAGAACUCCUUCUUACACGACGUCACGGAGAAAAACAAGAUGGUGCGUCUUCAAUCGGACGGACAUAUCACCUACGGCAUGAGAUUCACCACCACACUGGCCUGCAUGAUGGACUUGCACUAUUACCCACUAGAUUCUCAAAACUGCACAGUAGAGAUAGAGAGUUACGGCUACACGGUAUCGGACGUGGUGAUGUUUUGGAAAGAACCUGAACCCGUUGUCGGAGUGGAACAGUCGGAACUCCCGCAGUUUUCCAUAAUGCGGUACGAGACGAAAGACCGAAUAGAAUCGCUCGCCACGGGAACUUAUCAGCGUCUUUCGUUAAGCUUCGAGCUGAAGAGGAACAUUGGCUACUUCAUCUUCCAAACCUAUCUUCCUUCUAUUCUUAUUGUGAUGCUCUCCUGGGUUUCCUUUUGGAUCAACCACGAGGCGACCUCAGCCAGGGUCGCUUUAGGCAUCACAACGGUGCUGACGAUGACGACUAUCAGUACGGGAGUCCGAUCUUCACUUCCACGCAUAUCGUACGUGAAAGCUAUCGACAUCUACUUGGUGAUGUGCUUCGUGUUCGUGUUCGCCGCCCUCUUGGAGUACGCUGCCGUCAACUACACCUACUGGGGAGCCAGGGCCAAAAAGAAAACGAAGAAGUCAAAGGAGACGAAGGUUCCUCCUCCGCCUCCGGCACAGAGCGAACAGCUAUACGCUAACAACGAGGAGAUAAUCGAGCUGCACGACGUGCGCCUGUCGCCUCUUCCCUGCCUGCGGAACCGACACCGACCCAUGUCAAACCCGGGCAGCGACAGCGACGUCAAGUUUCCUCCGUCGUUCCGCAUGACCGGUCGGUAUCCCUACAAUCCCCGCGGCCACCCAUCCGGUGGCUACCGCGGAGGUCGUGCCCGGGGCUCCGAGUACGCCACACGGAGGCCUAAGGUGUUCCAGUCCCUGAAGCGCGGUGCCAGUGCCCUCCGGGCCUCCAUGCCAAGAAUCAAGGAUGUGAACAAGAUCGACAAGUAUUCCCGGGUCAUUUUCCCCAUUUCUUACCUCAUAUUUAACGCCAUUUAUUGGUGUUUCUAUCUCGUCUGAAACGACUCAUCGUCAAAGUCGACUCUACUAACUAUGCUUGAUCCAAUUGAGCAACGACUCUUCUGGAAGAGCGCCGUUGUGCCGCGGGAACUCUUUUCUAGUGAGGAGGAUUGUUCGCGGGCCAAUGACACUGUCGUCGUGGUGAGACCACAGCUGGUGCAUCGCGAGGAGGAACGCGUAACGCCAUAAUAAUUGUUAUGGUCAAAGGUAACCGAAGCCUUCGGGUUCCGGUCCCCUUGCGAGUGCAGGAGGAACGGGAGGAUCUGUGUGCUUAUAAUGCUAUAUAAGAGCGAGAAGGACCUGUGUAGUUCAUCGAAAUUCUGAAAUUGGGGAUGCAGUUUGAUAAUCACUGCUCGCAGUUUUCCUAAUCACCGGGACUAGACCUGUACGGUUACAGGACGCCUUUCUCACGAAGACUGUGAAACUUGAGGGUCUAUUCCUAGUCGGACGUUUUCAUUAGUGCCACUCUGAGUUGUUUUCAAGUGUUACAGUAAAUUCCAUCACGAUACCGAUACCUUCCUUCUCUUCCUUGUUCCGAAAUGCGUUUAGAGUGCCCGCGUGCCAUGGGGUAUAAGACUUGUGCCACAUUUCAUUGCGUAAAUGGUGAGAAGGCCGUAGGUGCACCACCACAGAAGAGAGUGUGCAGUGAAAACAGCAGCGUAACACGGCUUACAUUACAAGGCGUUCAGUUUCUUGUGUUGCAUAAGACCUCUGCCACAGGAGCGCUAAUGGACGUCCUGUUCCUGUUCCUACAGUGGUGAUGCAGGACAAUGCUAAAAGAGGAACAAUGCCUGCGUCGUAUAGAAUGAAGAUAUCCUUGUCGACAUCCAUGUCAUCUUGUUGGUGUUCAAAGUGGACCAGAACGAUUCAAUGAAGAGCGUCCUUAGUAUGUGUGUAAGAGUACGAAUGCGCAUACGAUGAGCUUCACCAUAGAAGGCGCAUUACCAGUAGCGCCAAUUUCGUCAUUAUUUUUCUUACAUCAUCAUCAUCAUCGUCGUCGUCGUCAAUCUGAGGUAAAAUCAGGAUGUACGUGUUUAUCACAGGGUUCUUGUGCAUCCAUCCAUGUUCCAUCCAUGCAUCCAUCAUGUUCACGUAUUUGAUCAUUUGAGGUACAUUCGUACAAAUCAUUUCAUAUAGUUACUGUGCUUGCGUUACUAGAUGCCUUCUUGACAGUCCUUAUAACCACGCUUAUCAUAGAAGUAAUAAUUUCUGGUAGCGUGCCUCUCCUCUUUAUGUUGACCACUGUUCAGCCACUUUUUGUCUGACUUUCUCGUGGUGCAGCGAGAAGUGACGUUCCACCACUCAGUGGGAUGAUGGGACACGAAGGAUUGGGGGCCCUUCUCUUGUACAGGACCAUUGUACAUAUGUAGAUUUGCACUGUGUAGCGGUAAUUAAUUCUCGCCUUGUAUAGGCGGCUGUUGAAGGAGUAUUUAUAUUUGGAUGGAAUAAAAGAGUACGGCGGACGUG